CCCCCUGCUUUCGAUCGGGCGCACUCCUUGGCCUUUUCGGUUUCCGGCAACUGUACAAGCCAAUCAACUCUCUCUUUUCAUCCUAUAUCUAAUCGCACACACGAUCCAGCCGUUUCACCACUCAAGCCAUGUUUCUUGGAUACACCAGAGCAGCCUGUGGUGCCAGACAUCGUCCACAACUCGCCAAUUGAACCCCGUCCCACCAAGAAGCUACGCACAACGGAAACAAUAAAUAAUGAUGACAUAUGGCCUUGCGCGUUGUGGCCACAACAUGAAUUGCAGCCAGGGAACAACACAAUGUGUGCCACUCGCCCCACCACCGGCCCAGAACAACUCCCAACCAGUCGCAUUGCUCCCCAUGCCAAUUCUUUUGCCCAAAAUACCGCCAUCCCUGAACAAAAACCUGACUUUCGACACGUCAUGGCUCUCCGCCGCUCAAGUGGCCACCAAGAAAAGUGACCCCGUCGUGAAAAGGAAUAAGGACAGAGAAGAGACCUCCGCCAGCAUUCUUGUCGCCUCGCGACCUAGCAUGGUUGAUCCACGGUUGGCUACGUUCUUGGAACGCUUUGACAACGCCGAAUGGCGAUUGCAAGCCCUGCAGCCCGAAAAUGCCAAACUCCAAGCCAAGGUGCAGGAAGCCGAACGGCAAAAACGCGCCAUGCAACAGUUGGCAACGUAA